AUGGCUACCAACGACAGAGAAACUCUCCCGGACGCGGUUAAACCGAUCCAUUACCAUGUAUCGCUUUACGACUUGCAACUUGGCAGCUCUUGGGGCUACAAGGGCAAUUUGAAAAUAACCACCAAAGUCGCCCAGCCCACCAAGGACAUUGUUUUGAACUCAAAGGAGAUUGAAAUCCAGCACGCGGAGAUCGCCGGAAAAGAUGGCGCGGUGCUUACCAGGGCUUCCGAGAUAACCUACGACAAAACUUCCGAACGCGUGACCAUGAAGUUCCCAGAUGAAAUUGCUCCAUCAGAUGUGGAGCUAAAUAUUGCAUUCACGGGAACGAUGAAUAACGCUAUGGCUGGGUUCUAUCGGUCGAAAUACAAGUCAGCGGUCCAAUCGACUGCGGACACCCCGAAAGAGGAUGAUUUUGAGUACAUGCUGAGCACACAAUUUGAGUCAUGCGACGCACGCCGAGCCUUCCCAUGCUUUGACGAGCCGAAUCUCAAGGCGACCUUCGACUUCGAGAUCGAAGUGCCCAAAGGACUGACAGCCCUGAGCAACAUGCCUGUCAAGUCGGAAAGAGACGGCAGUAGCCAAGAGCUCAAAUUCGUGACUUUUGAAAGGACUCCCGUGAUGAGCACCUAUCUUCUUGCGUGGGCUGUUGGCGACUUCGAAUACGUUGAGGCUAUGACCGAACGCAAGUACCAGGGCAAGAGUAUCCCUGUCCGCGUUUAUACCACAAAGGGCCUGAAAGAGCAAGCUCGGUUUGCUCUCGAAUGUGCUCAUCGCACUGUUGACUAUUUCUCUGAAGUCUUUGAGAUCGAAUAUCCUUUGCCGAAGGCCGACCUCCUUGCUGUCCAUGAAUUUGCCAUGGGUGCGAUGGAGAACUGGGGACUUGUGACAUAUAGAACGACCGCUGUCCUCUUUGAGGAGGGCAUAUCCGAUACUCGGUACAAGAAUCGCAUUGCCUAUGUAGUGGCGCAUGAGCUCGCCCAUCAAUGGUUCGGUAAUCUCGUGACGAUGGAUUGGUGGAAUGAAUUGUGGCUGAACGAAGGGUUCGCAACUUGGGUUGGCUGGUUGGCCGUCGACCACUUUUACCCUGAAUGGAACAUCUGGUCCCAGUUUGUCGCUGAAGGUGUUCAACAAGCGUUCUACCUCGAUUCGUUGCGCGCAUCGCAUCCGAUCGAAGUUCCAGUAAAGAAUGCUCUUGAGGUUGAUCAGAUCUUCGACCAUAUUAGCUACCUCAAAGGAAGUUCCGUGAUUCGGAUGUUGAGUAACCAUCUUGGUCAGGAGGUAUUCCUUCGGGGAGUGGCUGAAUAUCUCAAAACCAAUGCAUAUGGAAAUGCCACAACUAGCGACCUUUGGUCCGCCUUGAGCAAAGCUUCGAACCAGGAUGUCACUAGCUUCAUGGACCCGUGGAUUCGAAAGAUAGGGUUCCCUGUCGUUACUGUGGCCGAGGAGCCCGGUCAAAUCAGCGUUCGCCAAAAUCGAUUCCUUUCAACAGGAGAUGCGAAACCUGAAGAGGACGAGACAACGUGGUGGAUUCCUCUGGGAGUCAAAUCCGGCCAAACACUGGAGACUGUCGAAUCUCGUGCCCUCACUACAAAGAUUGACACUGUCCAGGGCGUUGGUCAAGAUUCGUUCUAUAAGAUUAACAAAGACCUUUCCGGGUUCUAUAGAACCAACUAUCCUGCUGAUCGAUUGGCCAAGCUCGGAAAGUCUCUGGAUUUGUUGAGCACUGAAGACAAGAUUGGUCUGAUUGGCGACGCAGCCGCGCUGGCUGUUUCUGGAGAAGGCACCUCUGCUGCUCUCUUAGUUCUUCUGGAAGGGUUUAAGACAGAGCGAGAUUACCUGGUCUGGUCUCAAAUUUCAUCGUCCGCUUCAAACCUACGCUCUGUUUUCUCUCAGAAUGAAACAGUGACUGCCGGGCUGAAAAAGUUCACCCGCGAAUUAGCAUCUCCUGCUGCCGAUAAGCUUGGAUGGGAAUUUCAGGCGAAUGAAGAUUAUCUUACCGUACAGCUCCGGAAGCUUCUUAUCGGAAUGGCCGGUGUAGCUGGCCACGAAGGGAUUGUCGCAGAGGCUAAACGACGUUUCGACCUUUGGGCUACCGGCAAGGAUAAGAGUGCCCUACACGCGAACCUUCGAUCGGCAAUCUUUGGCAUCGCAAUUUCGGAAGGCGGACACGAGGAGUACAAUGCCGUGAAGGAAGAGUAUUCCAAGACAACCUCAAUCGAUGGGAAGGAAAUCUGUCUGGCAGCUCUUGGGCGUACCAAAAAGCCGGAGCUUGUCAACGAUUACUUGAACUUCGUGUUCUCCGACAAGGUGGCGGUCCAAGAUGUCCACAACGGUGCUGCUUCUUUGGCCGCGAACUCCAAGGUGCGAGGUCUACUGUGGGAAUACAUCAAAAACAACUGGAGCGCUGUCGAGACCCGCCUAUCCGCGAACAAUGUUGUGUUUGAGAGAUUCGUCCGCAUGGGUCUCUCCAAGUUCGCCGACCACAGUAUUGCCGACGAUAUCGCCUCGUUCUUCCAGAACAAGGACACAAGUGCAUAUGAUCGAGCAUUAGUGAUCGUCUCUGACAGCAUCAGGACUAACGCACGCUACAAGGAACGGGAUGAGAAACUUGUCCUCGAGUGGCUUGCGGCCCAUGGCUAUGCCUGA